GCACGAUGCACGAAUACUUACUAGUGACGUUAAAGUUGUUUAUACACUAUGAACCUACGCGAAUAUUAAAUGCGUACAUCUGUUAAAUAUGUAGAAAAUUUAAAUUAAUAUUGGUUUGUUAUUCUUUUUUAUAAAAUAUGUGUACGUAAUUUUGUUAGUAAAUUAUAUCUAAUAUUUAGGUAAACCAAAAAUAAUAAUAAUAAUUUUAAUGAUUAUUGCAAACGUGGAAUAAAUGUGAUUGUUAUUUAUUGCAGUAAAAAAAUAUAUUACCAAUCAGAAUGGAUAAGUAAUAGUCUAGUUAAUAUAAUGGUGCAUAAUUAUUGUAAUGGUGAAGAACUUUCCCGUUUUACAAUAUGGUUUGGGAAGUUUUGAGGUUUGGUUUUUUUAUACGAGUUCAGGAUUAUAUCAAAAUAUCUAAAUGACAGUUGUAACCAUGAAUGUGAACAGUAUAACCUUUGGAAUUUUAUUAAUUUUGUGUUUUGGUUUUACACACAGUGCUACAAAGGCGGGAUGUACUCUAAAUGUGCUUGGAAAUGCAAACGAAAAAUACAUGCCCGUUAUGUUGAACAACAAAUCACAUGAAUAUACCCUUAUAGUACCACAUCAAGGCCAAAUUCAUCUAAAACGCGGUGAAGGCAUCACAUUCUUGUGUCCCGAAAGGAAUUUUUUAGUACCAACUCAUUCUAAUUACACAUACGCCACCUGUGUACAAGGAACUAACCUAAAAAUCUUCAGACAAACCUACGAUUUUGGCGACAUUUUAUGCAGCAAACCUAUACGGGGGCAAGUUCAAAGGACGAAAGAAAGAUGCGCCAAUAGCAGAGGCGUUAUCAUUAAUAUCGGUUACAGAGUCACUCCCAGAUAUUUUAAAACGUUGAUAACAGUUUGCUAUAAUGAUAACGAAGGAAUUAGUUUGUAUUCAGAGCAUACGAUACAUGGCGAGGAAGUUGCUUAUACUUCAAGAUUCAAAGAACGGCCCUCAUUCAGUGUUGAUGGACUUCCCAAAGAUAUCUCGGCUAAUGUUGCUUAUAAACAAGCUUAUCAGAAGUCAACUUUUAGCAGCCUCUUAGGAAGUUCUGGAGAAGCUUCCGUAUAUAUUAAUUCCAAAUCCUUCCUCUCACGUGGACAUUUAUCACCUGACGCAGAUUUCUUAUUUGCUAGUUCCCAACUUACUAGUUAUUUUUAUGUCAAUACUUGUCCACAGUGGCAAAACAUCAAUGCUGGCAACUGGGUUCGAAUAGAAUCAGCAGUUAGAAGAGCUGCAGACAAAUACCAACGUGAUUUUACCAUAAUCACAGGCACUCACGAUGUACUAGAACUUCCAAAUGUAAGCGGCGAUCCAGUAAAGUUAUACCUAGUAUCCAAAAGAAAACUACCAGUACCGAAAUUUGUAUGGAAAAUUAUGUACGAUGAAAAUGAAGGAACAGGUAUUGCGUUUGUCAGUUUAAAUAACCCGUUUGCCGAGGGAAUUACCGAUGAAGAUGUACUGUGCGAUGAUGUGUGCGAUAGAUACGGGUGGGGAUCAAAAUUUUAUUCCGAUAUCUCGAAAGGUUACAUAUAUUGUUGUGACGUUAAUCAAUUGAGGGAGGUGAUUGAUACCAUACCUAGAAUUAAAGUAAAUGGUAUUCUUAGAAAUGCAUAAGUAGGGAUAAUAAAUAAAUAAAUUAGUAUCGAUCUCGAGCUUCCAAUUUUGUAUUUUUGUUUUCUAAUUUUUGUGAAUCAGUUGGAUACUUUGAACCAUAUCUCGUAUUCUUAUAUAAGAUCUUAUAUUAUUUAUGUAUAAAAUAUCAGUAUUUUUAAUUAAAAUAGUAUGUUUUAAUUUCUGGUUAGGGGGCAUCCAUUAAUUGCGUGAGGUGUUCAAUGGGGGGAGGUAUCAAGCUUAAUCUUUCCAAAUCUCACUUGGGGGAGAGGGGGGACUUUGUAAAACUGACAUAAUUUUUUUCUAGUAGAAAACGGUUUGAAAUUGCGUGAAAGUACAGUUAAAUUAAAGUAAAGAAUGUUUCUAGAAAUUUUAUAUUACGGAAAUAUUCACAAAUACUAGUCUUUGCUAGUCUUAAGUAAAAGUAAUAAAACAUACUGUGUUUUUGUUAUUUUAAUAAUGGACGCAUUUACUCUUAAAACACAAAUUUUGAAAAAUCUCACGUGAGUUUGGGGGAGGAGGGAGGGAGUUGAGGAAACUCUUACGAAAUCUCACCAGGGGGGAGGGGAUCAAAAAAUUUUCAAAAAUACCUCACGUAAUUAAUGGACGCAGCCUUAUUGUUGUUGAAUAAUGUUUUUAUUUUAGGGGUAAAGUACAAUUUAUUUAGAUAAAAUAUUGUUGAAAAUAAAUUAUUCAUAAAAAUUU